AUGCCGUAUCAAAGUCUCCUUGCCCCUUUAGUCCUACUUGUCUGGCAGUGUAGCCAACUACCACCCCCUGAACAGGAUCUAGCUUGCCUCUUCCUGCCAAACGUGCAUACGUUCUUUCCAACCAACCUCUCUGCUCAUGAUAUUUCUGAUUCCUAUAAUCAGGCAAAACUUCGUCUUCAAAUUUGCUUCCAUCCUUCUCGGCUUCGAGACCCUGCACUUGUAAAUACUUCUAUCCGGCACCAAGUGAGUUUGAUCUUGCCUGCAACCCCGGUCAGUUCGGGUCCUGAUUUGCAGAUCACUCGUGCCUCGGUUGGCUUGCGUUUCCUACCGGUUCGUGUAAUUCCCACGCUUGCUGUAGUCAGCAUCGAAUUGGACGCUGUAAACGUUUCUGCAGAUCUGGUAAAAUAUUAUUGUUGCUUAGCUCAAUUCCAUUUCAAGUGA